AAACUUUCUAUUAGUGAAUUAGAUACUUUUAUAGAAAAAUUAAAACGUAAAAAAAAUAUUAAUGAUUUAGGCAUUGAGGAUAUGCAAAAUUUGGUUGGUUACUUAGAUAUUAUUUUAGAUGAAAAAUCAAAUAUUUCUGAAAAUGGUAAUAUUUAUUUAAAAAUUUAUGCGUCUGGAAUAUUACAAAAUGGUAAAAUUAUAUAUGCUAUUAAUAAAUUUUAUGGACGUCUAAGAUUUAGUGAUAUUGCUAUUGUAAUGGAAAAUGCAGAUUAUUUAACAGAUAAUGGAAUAUGCUAUAGAAAA